AUGGACGGCUCGAGAAUGGAAGAUCCUCCUUUUUUGAAUAUUAAGAAAAACACAAACAGCCCAAUAACGUCCACUUAUGACUGCUGUAUAGAAAUGGAGGAUCCGGUUUAUGGCGAUACAUCAGAUGCUCAUCCGCAGGGUCGUUUACCUGCAAAAAACCAAGCUCCUCAACAGGUUUCCUUAAGACUAUGUAUUUUGUAAAAUAAAUGUAAACUAUUUUUGAUGUUGCUCAUUUGUGGUUUAAAUGAUAAAUGUAAAUGCUCUCUUCUUCCCUUUUAAGGAUGUAGUGGUGGAUGGAGUUCGCAUAAUGUACACGAGAGGUCGUUUUGCCACAAAUCAUUUGGACGAACUGACGAAAACCAACGAAAAUCGUUUUACUCUGCCGCGAAACACUGUAAAUCUCAGGAUGGCAGUUUAACGAGUGUCUUAAAUGAAGAAGAACAGUAUGUUUUUGCUAGGAUCAAAUGGCAGUGA